AUGGGCUCACACAGCCUUAUCGAACAUGCCUGCCUCCAUGGCUGGUUUUACGACGCCCUUCGACUUAUCAAAUUGGGGGUGGACUUGACGAAAUCUUGCGCUGUGAAACUCGAGGAUACUGAUGCCGUUUCGGUACUGCUAUUCAGCUGUUGCAAAAAUGAGAAAUCACCCUUCCCACACUCAUCUCUCCGUCUUAGCCACGGGCGAGAGUUUGAUCAGGAGAAUUUCAGAAUCAGUGUCAUUCGAGCACUUAUUAAAGCAGGUGCUAACAUAGAGGUUCGAUGUCUGGAAACCAAGUCAAGUGACAUAAGUAAGGUCAUAACCCCGCUCAUGCUUGCUUCCAUAUAUGGUCUCAACGAGGUUGUCGAGACCUUACUCUCCGCGGGUGCCGAUGUCGAAGCCACGGAUGGUGACGGUAAUACUGCCUUGAUGAGGCUUUGUGGAGACAAAAUCAUGGAGUUUUACGCGGCUGAGAAGGCUCAGCUACGUACUAUAACGACACUACUCACCCAUAAGCCGGAGAGUUUUGACCAUAUCGGCCGAGCUCUGAGGAUGGCCUUAGGAUCCUGUCCCAACCUGCAAAUAGUGAAACUGCUUCUCAAACAUGCGAAGCCUGGUACGCUGGACGAUAAGGACAGCUUCAAACUCCUCGGAGACGCAAUGAGCCAACCAAACCAUCGUGUUGCCGAUUUGCUUGUGAAGAACGGACUCAGAGAGCCUACUUUAGUAGAGAUGGAAUACAUCAUAGAGAAUUCUAUGAAGGUCGGAAAUGCCAUGGCUAUACCUUAUCUUUCCAAAUUUUCGCAAUCGUACGGUCUGCUAAGGGACCCGAACCGUCUUCUCAACUGCAUCAAGAAGAAACAUGACGAGUUUGCCCUGUUUAUGAUUCGGCUUCAAAUGCCGGCUAACCCCGAGAUCUUUUUGGCGGAAGCCUGCGGGAUCGGUAAUUUCGAGAUUGCCCAGCUGCUUCUAAAGGGGGGAGCCGAUCCGAAUCAACCCUCUGGGACCGACUUUCCUAUAGUCAAAGCUAUUCUAGGAGAUCACUCACGUGUGGUUCGACUGCUUUUCGAGAACGGCGCCAUGGUUGGCCAUCGGGGCUUUGAUGCCAUGGACCUCGCAAUCGUAGGCCGCAGGAAGGAUAUUAUCUAUACCAUCCGCACCCACGCCGACUUUCAUGCGAACAUAGCGAAGCGCACCGCCUAUCUAGAAAAUGCCUGCUGCGCAAGCCUGGCUGCCCUUGAUAAAUGCGACAUAUUGAAUUUAGUACUAUUUUUCGCAAAGCCUAACGUGGUAUUACCAACGGCCAUGGUAACACCUUUGCAUCUAUGUAUAGCGCGAGGUCACGACAAUGCGAUCCGCAUCUUACUCACCAAAGAAGCCAAUAUACACAUGCAUCUCAAACCGGAAGACCCCACGUCGGCAUCUGCUAUAGCAAGCUCCUUCUGGGGAACGACGCCGCUGGAAUGGGCGAUCAACAAUUCGCCUAGUCGUCGCGUCAAUAUUUUGCUGAGCUACCCGGUUCCUUCGUCUCUAUGCGAUAUUUGGCACCCGCAAAAAAAGAUAGUGCAACUGCGCUAUAUCCGAGCUGCUUGCCGAAGACACGACCCGGAGGUGAUAGCACUCCUACUUGAACACGACCUCCCCCUCCAAUUUUGCGACGACGAGGGAAAUUCUUUCUUGAGCAUCUUCUGCCAAACUAUCGAGAGCAUCGGGUUGCUCGGAGAUUCGAAUCAGCCGGCGGAUUUGACCGGUGAGAAGUCGGCUAAGUGCGUCAUUGCCCUGCUCGAGGGCGGCGCCGACACUCAACAAAAGAACAACGAAGGUGUCUCCGCCUUAGACCAUGUACGUCGCAUAAUGACUUACGAAGGAUCUAGCCACUUUCACCAGGAGGUUGCAAAGGCGUGGAAUAAGGAAUUGAUCCUCGACGACGAGGGAAUCCGCAAGAGAGUUUAG